AUGGAUAAACGUAAAAGAUCAAAGUCAAAGGAAUAUGAUCAUCUACUGAAAAAGAUGAAAAAACUUGAGGAAAAAAUACGAGAAAGACGAUCAAUAUCAUCGUCCUCAUCAAAUACUGAUCAAGUUUUAAAUACAUACUCAGAAGAGGUGGACAAUACAAGUAUAGUCUUAUCACCGAUAAUUCCAGAUGAAAUCAGCAUCCAAGCCACGGAACAAGUUGUGGAAAAUACUGAACCUGAAUUGGAUCCAGAAAUUUUGCAACUACUAGGCUCUGACCCCACAAAACAAACUAAUUUUGGCGAAAAUCUACAUAAAGAUAUAAUGCCUAGGUGGAAGCAUAUUCUCAUCAAUGGCCUGGACAAAGAUACAAAAGCCGAUAUUUUGAAAAGUCACUUACCGCCUGAAAACUGCCCGCAUUUAAAAGCGCCCAAACUAAAUGCAGAAAGGCCGCUUUAA